GGAUAGCACUCUUAAGCAAAAGCAUACGAAUACAAUGCCUGGGUUUUAUAGUGUGGAAGUGAAUAACAAAAUUUGGGUGAUUCCCGAUAUAUACAGAGUAGUUGAGCCCCUGGGUAGGGGUUCCUUUGGCCAAGUGGCUAAGGUGGAGCUGCGUAACACAAAAAUACAGGCGGCCAUGAAAAAGUUACUGACUCCCUUCGAAUCAGAGGAGGAUGCAAAGAGGGUCUAUCGGGAGAUAAAGCUGCUGAAGCAUAUGAAUCACCGUAACGUAAUCAGCUUGUUGGACGUUUUUCAUCCACCGUCAGCAAAUGCCAAUCCAACUUGGGACGAUUUCCAGGAGGUUUUUUUGGUGACUGAAUUGAUGCAAAAAGAUCUGCACCAAGUAAUCCGGAGCAUACAGCUUUCCGAACGACAGGUGCAGGCCAUUCUCUUCCAGAUUUUGAAGGGCCUAAAAUAUAUCCACAGCGCCGGUGUCUUGCACCGGGACUUGAAGCCUGGGAACAUUGCUGUGAACGAGAACUGUGAACUCCGCAUUCUGGAUUUCGGAAUGGCUAGGCUGUUAUCAAUGGAUAUGACGGAAAGGGUGUGUACUCUUUGGUACCGUGCCCCGGAAAUCCUUUUUGGAUGGGGCUCAGAAUACACCAAAGCUAUUGACAUGUGGUCAGUGGGUUGCAUCCUAGCGGAGUUAAUCUCUGGUCGCCCACUUUUUCCUGGCACGAAAAGUGAUCAAAUCAAGGUUGUCAUUGAAGUAAUGGGGAAGCCGUCGGAAGAAUUCAUUAGCGGUAUUCGCGACAGUUUCGCACGUCAGUACUUGGAGCGUUUUCCUCCCAGAGAAAGGAUGAAUUUCCGUGAAAUUUUCCCAGCUGCAAGCCCUAAUGCUUUGGAUUUGUUGGAGAAAAUGUUGGAAAUGGUUCCCCAUAGGCGUAUAACCGUAGAGCAAGCAUUGACCCACCCGUAUUUCGAAGGUUUCUCGGAUCCAUAUUCUCUCGAUGAAGAUACUGCACCGCUUUAUGAUCAAAAUUUUGAGAACAUGAACUUGCCGAUAAACUGCUGGAAGGAACUGAUUAUGACCGAGAUCAAAAAUUUUAAGCCCCCGCCUUGUUUUCUAGGGCCAAUGAGGGAAUCGUACGGAUAGACUUUUGAAAAGACUUUAAAAUAAUUUUAAAAAGAAAAUACAAAUAAUAUGCAGGUA